UAGAGGCAGGACCAGUACGUUAGCUCUGUUAAAAAAAACAACAUUUUAAAUUCAUUUACUAAACUCCGUAUCUUUUUUCUUCUUCUCUGAAAGUGUUUGACGACUGUUAAAUUCGCCCCAGCGUCUAAAAUUGUCGUAUUGGACUUUAUUGAGUUUUCUCAGUAGGAGGAGGUGUUAGGUGAGGCUAAGUUAACGGUGAAGUUAGACUGCUACAGACGACAUCAAGUGGGAAAGUGGGCUUAACCAAAGUGGACAUUUCACCCGAAAGACUCAUAAACAACUCCUAAAACAGGAGCAGAGGAAGCCGAGCAGUCGACGACGUGGAGUGGAGAAGUGAAGGGAAGGGAGAAGGUAGAAACACCAGCCCAGCUAUCUGCUUCGCCUGUGAGAGUGUUGCAUCAUGGGGAAACAGAACAGCAAGCUGCGGCCCGAGGUCCUGAACGACCUGAGAGAAAACACAGAGUUCACCGACCAUGAGCUGCAGGAGUGGUACCGCGGCUUCCUCAAGGAUUGUCCCACCGGCCACCUGACCGUGGAGGAGUUCAAGAAGAUCUACGCCAACUUCUUCCCGUACGGAGACGCCUCCAAGUUCGCAGAGCACGUCUUCCGUACAUUUGACACAAACGGCGACGCCACCAUCGACUUCAGGGAGUUCAUCAUCGCCCUGAGUGUGACAUCCCGCGGCGGGCUGGAGCAGAAACUGCGCUGGGCCUUCAGCAUGUAUGACCUGGAUGGGAACGGAUACAUCAGCCGGGCAGAGAUGCUGGAGAUAGUUCAGGCAAUUUACAAGAUGGUGUCGUCAGUGAUGAAGAUGCCUGAAGAUGAAUCAACACCGGAGAAACGAACAGAUAAGAUCUUCAGACAGAUGGACAUAGACAAUGAUGGUAGAUUGUCUUUGGAGGAGUUCAUUAAAGGUGCCAAGAGCGAUCCGUCCAUUGUCAGACUGCUGCAGUCGGAUCAGGGAGCCUCUCGUCAGUUCUGAGGACAGAGACAAUGACAGACACACAUGCACCACCCACACCCACCAUCUGAUCUGAGCUUGGUCAUCAUCCCACACACACCCCUCACCAGAGAACCAUGUGAUCCCUUCUUUUAAAAAAAAACACUCCAUGUCUUAAUGUUUACAUUAAUGGAUGCUUCUUUUGUCAAUGUGGCUCCUUCUCUGUGGACUAUGAUUUGAUUUCAGUUGAGGUAUUCUCUGUAGUUGCUUUCCUUCAAAGCGCUCUUGCCUUGAAAUGGUUUUUACUUGUUUUUCAUAAGUGAAGUGCCAUAUCAUACAUUAUACUGACUGGAUUAUACGCUUGCAAGUAUUACGACUCCCAUUAUGUUACAUUAAGAGGAAACUAAUUACACCACUUGGUAUAAUUUGAUUUAAUUGUGUUGAAAAGUGGCUUAUUGUUG